AUGCGGGCAGCACGCUGCACUCCCAGCCACGGCGCUUCUGAUGCUCUUGUCUGUGAUUUAUGGCACAGCCGUGUGUUCGGUCUCAAGGAAGAUGUCAGCAACACCAUCACUUUCCUGGACGACCAGACGAUAUUCUAUCCCGCCGGCUCCAACUGCAUCAUCUACAACCACGAAACGAGAAGCCAAAAGUUUAUUCCCGUGACUGAAAAAUGCGACGGAAUCACUGUCCUGGCUGUCUCCGGCAGCAAGCGGUUCGGCGUCGUUGCCGAGCGGAGCACUACCGCAACAGCAGUCAUCUACGACCUGCAUUCGCUGAGGCGGAGAAAGACGCUGAUUCCCACGGACGCGGCGUCGAAAGAAUUCGUGUGUAUGGCGUUCUCGUCCGACGCCAAAUAUCUGCUGACGCAGUCUGGGGCACCCGACUGGGCACUUUACUACUGGAUGUGGGAGAAAAACAAGCUGAUGGCCUCCGUCCGCACCGUCAACAGCGAGCGAUCCGCUGUGGUCUACCAGGUGUCCUUCAGCCCAACUGACAACACCUAUGUCUGCUGCAUCGGCAACGGCAUUCUGAAGUUCUAUCGGUACCAAGAGGGAACCCUGAAGAUCAUCAACGCCACGCCCAAGUUUGAAGCAAAGAACUUCCUGUGCCAUGCUUGGGUCUUUGAAGAGCGCGUCGCUGUUGGCACAGAGGAUGGCAAGAUCUUGAUCAUAGAGCCCAGUGGGGAGCUCAAGGCAGAAAUCGACUAUACGGUGGGCCUGAGCCAACUCCCCAAACCAGUGUACUCGAUGGUCCCGCUGAAGAAAGGGUUCGUAUGCGGAGGAGGAGGCGGAACUGCAGCGGUCUACGAGCGCAACGAACUGGCAACUGGCGAGGCACCCACAACGCCAGAGCAGCCCCGAGCGUUCCUGCGAAAGGUCAAAGACAUCACCACUGCAGACGAGUCGGUUAGGAUCAUAACGAUGGCAGUGUCUCCAAACGAGGAACUGCUCGUAUGUUCGCUCGACAACCGCCAACUCUUCAGUGCCUCGCUGAACAGCAAGGUGGAAGAGCCCAAGUUUGAGCAGUACAUGCAGUCGUUUCAUCAUGGCCAAAUCACCGGCCUCGACACAUGCAUCCGCAAGCCCCUGAUCGUCACCUGCGCCACCGAUCGGUCGAUUCGGGUCUGGAACUAUCAAGAAAACACAUGCGAGCUUGUAAAGUACUUUCAAGAGGAAACAUACAGCGUCGCCAUCCAUCCGAGUGGCCUCUACAUCCUAGUUGGUUUCAGUGACAAGCUGAAGCUCAUGAACCUCCUGAUCGACGACAUACGACCGUUCCGAGAAUUCUCAAUCCGAGGAUGUAAGGAGUGUCGUUUCAGCACCGGCGGGCAGUACUUUGCCGCCGUUUAUGGAAACACAAUCCAGAUUUUCAGCACAUGGAACUUUGAGAACCUGGCCAACCUCAAAGGCCAUAAUGGCAAAGUGCGGUCGAUCUACUGGACAAACGACGAUAGCAAGAUCGUCACCGCCGGCAUGGACGGCGCGAUUUACGACUGGCUGCUGAAAGACCUGACCGGUUCUAGCGGUACAGGAGUGAAGCGUGAAGGCGAGAGUAUCCUCAAGAGCUGUAGCUACACUUGUGCCAUCUCGUCUCCGGAUGGUAAGACCAUCUUUGCGGUUGGCAGCGAUAGGACGUUGAAGGAAAUUACCGACUCGCAAAUCGUGAAAGAGGUCGAGUCGGACUGCGUGUAUACCCAGAUCGUAUUGUCCCAUUCCGGCCGAAUGAUGUUUGCAGGUAAUGAAGUACCUCCUGUGGCUUUGUGA